AUUUUAUUUUAGAAAAUAUUAAUUCUUUAUAAAAAUAAUGUAGUAGUAUUUAGAUUAAAUUAUAAUUUGUUUUUUGCCCCUGGAUUUCUAUGGUGGGAAACGCAAGGCAAAAGCUGGAAAGCAAACAGAAAAUAAUCCCUUCUCUCUCUACACUCUCCACUCGUGUCUCUGUUUUUGCUUCUAUCUUCUUCCUCACUUAAACCCAGAGAUAAAGAGUGCGAGAUACACAUAAAUACAGACUGACGGUGUAGUGCGCAAGGCGGCGCAUUUUAGCACCGGGACCUAAUUCUGCGCCGCCCUGGUGUUGGUUUCAUGGAUUCUUCUUCUUCUCCUGUUGUCUUUCGCUUCGUUCCCACGGCAAUUCUGCUUUGAUACAGAGAAAAGAUCGAUUCCAAAAGAAAAACUUUUAAGUUCUUUUAAUCGCUCACUCUGGCAGACCUAAAAGGAACCCUAGCGUUACUUGGCUCUUCUCUCUUCUCGAUUCUAACAGAUCGUUUCGAUUUCAAAUCAAAGAGGAAGAAGAGGAGAGGCAAUAAUAUAUUCUUUUACCGUGGUGGCAAAAUGCUUUGGAUUGUGCGUUUAUCGGGCUUCUUCUCUGCAGCUAUGGUUAUGAUUGUGCUUUCACCAUCGCUCCAAUCAUUCGCUCCAGCUGAAGCCAUUCGAUCAUCUUUUGGAAAUCCAGCCGUUGAUUCAUUAAACCGGUUCUCCUUCAGAAGAGCUACGGUAUUCCGCAAUGCCGAUAAAUGUGGCUUGAUUAACAGCCGAGUCUCCGUAAAAACCGGCGGUCUCUGUGAUCCUUCUUUGGUGCACGUUGCAAUUACACUUGAUGUUGAGUACUUACGAGGUUCAAUCGCAGCUGUUCACUCUAUUUUACAGCAUUCAUUGUGUCCAGAGAGUGUGUUCUUUCACUUUUUGGUCUCCGAAACUAAUCUCGAAUCGUUAGUGAGGUCUACUUUCCCUCAGUUGAAGUUCAAAGUGUAUUACUUCGAUCCAGAAAUCGUGAGAAACUUGAUCUCCACUUCCGUGAGGCAAGCCUUAGAACAGCCACUUAAUUACGCGAGAAAUUAUCUGGCUGAUCUAUUAGAGCCUUGCGUACGCAGAGUGAUAUAUCUAGAUUCCGAUUUAGUUGUGGUUGAUGAUAUUGCAAAGCUUUGGAAUACAAAUUUAGGUUCUAGAACAAUCGGUGCACCGGAAUAUUGUCACGCAAACUUCACCAAGUAUUUCACUUCAAGUUUCUGGUCAAACAAACGGUUUUCCAGUACUUUCAGUGGUAGAAAACCGUGUUAUUUCAAUACUGGAGUAAUGGUGAUAGAUCUGGUGAAAUGGAGACGGGUCGGAUAUACAAAACGGAUAGAGAUGUGGAUGGAGAUCCAGAAGAGUGAACGGAUCUAUGAAUUAGGUUCUCUACCGCCGUUUCUCUUGGUUUUUUCUGGACACGUGGCGCCGAUCGAGCACCGGUGGAAUCAGCACGGAUUAGGUGGUGAUAAUGUGAGAGGCAGCUGUCGUGACUUGCAUCCUGGUGCAGUUAGUCUCUUGCAUUGGUCCGGUAGUGGUAAGCCUUGGCUGAGGAUUGACUCGAAGCGACCGUGUCCGCUUGAUGCACUAUGGGCACCUUAUGAUUUGUACGGACAUUCUCAUUGAGUACUAGUAGUACUCGCCGGUGGAGGGCGCAAAUGAUAAAAAAAAAAAAAAAAGCUCUCCAUUUUGUGUAAUGGCCGAAAGGAAACCUCCAAAACAAGAAAGUUGAGAGAGAAGAAUAGUGGCCGGCUGGAGAGGAAUUUGGUUGAAUUAGGCACCGGAAAAACCUAAGAACAUUUUGUAUAAAAUGGCAGCCAAGUUUACGGGCUAUUUUGUGGACUUUUGGAUAUUGUUGGCUGGCUGGCUGGCUGGCUUCGGUGGCAGCGGCUUUUGAACAACUUCAUAUUCUGUCACUUUGCGCAUUUUGGUGGCAUCCCUUAUUCGCUUGUUAGCAUUAGAUUUGCAUCUUUGUUUUUCUGGAAAAAUCUACUUGGAUCACCGUAUACAAGUAUGAUUAAUAGCUUAUUAUAAUUAUAAUUUACAAUUAUUAUUUUUUUGGGUUGAACAAUCAAAACAUUAUUGUAUCAUCAAAAGAGGGAUCCAGAAUUGAAUUGUUGCGUAGGAAGUGUCCAAAAGUAGAGAUGGGGACCGAUUCCUUUUGCCCUGGCAGCACACGUGGCCAUUUGCUUUGGCUCUCCUGGAAUCAGCUGGUUACAUGUGGGUGUAGUUCUCAGCCAUACCAUGAUUGGUUUGUAUUUAAUUCAAUUUUUUUCUUGUUAUGCAGAGAGAGAGAGAUAGUUUAAUUCUCCAGCUCCAGGGGUAUUAUUAAAUUAUGCUGUUGUUCUA